UAUUUGACAAAAUGACAACAUUAAAUAACGUAUUGAAAGCUAUAGAAGCUUUAAAAUCAGCUCAAGAAUCAAACACUAUUCUGUCAGAUUCGAGUGCAAGGAAAGAUAAAUUAACAUGUUGCAUGACAAUAACAGAAGGAAUAUGUUCACCAAGUGUCAAACCAGGAACCAAGUUUCCUCAGGUACUUAGUCUUUCGAUUGAAACUUUAUUGACAUUGUGCAAUGAUGAUGAAUCUGAUAUCAGAAUGGUAGCAGAUGAAACAUUAAAUAAAAUUAUAAGGGCAAUGGCUGAUAGUAAUAUUGUUAAAGUUCAAAUAGAACUUUAUAAUGAAAUAAAAAGAAAUGGACCCGCUAGAACAUUAAGAGCUGCUCUUUGGAGAUUUGGACUUCUUAGUCAUAUGAUUCGUCCUACAAGAGGAAAAGCAUAUGUAUCUAAUUUGAUACCAUGUAUAGUAGCUAUUGCACAUCGUUCUGAGGAAUCUGUAAUAGAAACAUUGUCACAAUCACUACCAUUAAUUAUGAAAGUAUUAGGGCCAUUUAUGACAGACAAUGAUGUCAAGACAUUAUUAAAAGCAUUCUUUGAAAAUGUAUCCUCUGUACAAGCAGCAUUUCGUAGAGCUGCAGCAAAUAUGAUUUUGACAACAUGUCUGAAUUGCAGGAAACCACAGUGUUUUUUAAAUUAUGUACUAAAACAUCUUUUAGGUAUUGUAAUGCCUAUAAAUGAGGAUGAAAGUCGUAUAGCAACUAUUAUUGGUAUAUUUGGUUGUAUAAGAAUAAUUUUACCACAUAUAUGUAAUCAUUCUGAUGUUCAAGAUGAUGAUACAGUUCAGGCAGAUAGUUUGUUACUAAUUUAUGAACUAUGCUUACAUUAUGCAAAAUGGCAUUCUGAUCAUAAUGUUAUAAAUGCAGUUUUGGAAACACUGACUCAAUUUCUAAAGUCACCACCAAAAAUUGUAGUGUCAUUAUUAUUAUCAAGUCAAGGUAUAACACAUAGCAGAAUAGCAUUGAAUCAAAAUGAAAUGACAUUAUCAUUAAGUCAAGCAAGUACAUCUAGCACUGCAACUGCUUGUGGAGAAAACUCUGAUUAUACUUUAAAUUUACUUGAUUCUGAUAUACCUGAAAUAAAUCCAAAGAUAGAAAAGUGGAUAUUGGAUUCUGAAACUAUACCUCCUCUGAUGCAAAAUUUGCAAAUUUCAAAGGAGUGUACAAAUAAUAUUAUAGAAAUGAAAGGAAAAAUUUUAGAAAAUUACAGUGGUUUGAGGAUUGGAGUCAUUGAUAAUGAAACAGUCGAAGAAGGUAGUGAUGUAGGAAGUGAAAUAGAAAAAUCAGAGAAAGUUUAUACAAAUUUACAAAAUGAAGCAAAAGAAGUGGACUGUACUGAAGAAACCGCAUCGUCGAUUGCUUCGCCUAAAAAACUUUCUUUAGAUUUUUCGUUACGGGAAGUAGACGUUGGAACUUUUACAGAUCCUGACAUACCUUUAAAAUUUUGUUGCCGUUAUUUGGUGUCAUCUUUCCUCUUAACUGGCAAUGUUGGUCAUGUAAUACCAGAUAAAUAUUUUCGCGUUAGUGUAAAAUCUCUUGCUUUAACUUGUGUGGCAUAUAUUUUAAAACUUUGUCCGAAUUUGUUUUUAAUGCCUGUUGCCAAAGAAUCAAAUUCUACCGAAAAUGAACAAAUGAUAACGGAUAUCUUAUUGUUUGCAAAUCAUCCAGAUCCUCAAAUUAGGGGUAAUAUAUCAAUUAUUAUUGGUACAUUUCUGAAAUCCAUAUAUACUCAAUAUGGAGGAUCUUUUAAAAAAUUUGAAACAGAAAUGACAAAUAAGAAACAACGUGGGAUUAUAUCGUUAGAAAAUUUGAUUAAAUUACUUUUGAAGGGACUAGAAGAUGAUUCUUCUACUACUUGUCGACAGACAUUAACAGCAUUCAGUUUAUGUCUACCAGAAUUGUUAGAAUCUGUUGAUAAUAAACAUGGAAUAACUGUGUUAACAGCAUUACCUCAGCUAGUAAAGAAUCCAUAUUUUCUGGUAAAAGUUAAAUUAGUGGAAUUAUUGAGUGAGAUAUCAUAUGUUACUAUAGAACAUAUAAGUGGUGGAUCAAUGUUCCAAGAACAUUUUAUCAAUGUUAUUGUAACGCUAUUAGGUGAUCAAGAUCAAAGAAUUAGACACGCAGCAUCAGAUGCUAUUGUAAAGAGUAUUCCUUUAUUACAUUUCCAACAGCCCCAUAAUGACGUCAUUACGCGAAAAGCAGUGCAAUAUACGGAACAAUUUUUGAGUGCAGUAACCAGAAGUUCCGUAGAAUUGUCCUCUUGUCAAGAGAAACAAAAAUUCUUUAUAAAUACAUCUAUACAGCCAUUUGCAGCUUUGAAUUUUCAUAAAAAAAUGAACUAUCAUCCAAAUGUAGAAUAUUCGCUGUCAAUUGUAAUUAACAUGUUGGCAGAGAUUCUUGGAGUACAGUCAUCAAAGUAUUUAGUAUAUGGCUGUUGUGAAGCUUUGUUUCGUUUAAGCGACGUAUAUAGUACUACAGUAUAUAUUAGAGGAUGGGAUUGUGUUUUACCAAAAACAUUGUUAAAAAAAUCUCACAAGAAGAGCGGUAGUCGAUUAGAUAUUAGCGAAUCAAAUUUUACAAGCGACAUGAUGCCAUCAUCUGUGAGCAACGGUCUUUUAUCUUUAGCCUUACCUUUGCUAUCGUCAUCCCCUAUAAGCUUAGACUUAUCAACGCAUAAACAUUUAGUACUUCUUGCUGGCAAUCUUGCAUCUGGUCUAGCGUUUUGCAAUUUUAAACCCAGCGACCCAACUAAAACUUGGUGGGGCACAUUUAAGGACAAACAAGUAGAACUGUUGUUAAUUCAUAUUACGAGAGUGUUAAAUAUAUUUGUUCAUAUAAUUGACGAUGUACAAUUAACACAAACUAGUACAAAACCGACGUUAUCGUCUUUGUCAUCUACGCAAACGUUAUCCCCAAAGAAGAAAAUAAUGCCUGAGUCGAAGUUGAAAGAAAAAGGAGAAAAAAUUGGAGGCAUGAAAUUUGGAAAAGAGCAAAUGGGCGCAUUUGUUUCAAUACCGCAUUAUAUGAAAAUGUACGAAAUUCUUAAAGCAGCACAUUUGAAUUAUUUAGCUACUCUUGAACCACACGCCAGUGAAAUGUAUUUGUCCCUGUUAAAUGCAAUUUUAGAUGUUCUUUCACAAAUUCUUGAAAUCAUAUCUGUUAAUGAAGCAGCUCAAAUCGCAGAAGAAAUUCUAUAUUAUUUACAAAGCACUGUCACACUUUCACCAACUUCAACUGUUCAAUGUGUUCAACAAUUACUGAAGUGUUUAUUCAGUACAAAUGUAUAUGCACAGUGGAGUGAAUUAGAUAUACAAAAAAAGUCGGACAGAAUAACGGUAUUAUGGGAUGACAUUAAAGGAUUCUAUAAUCACUGUUUUCAAAGUCCUGCAAGGCAAAUGGCAGAUACCAUAAAAUCUAUGGGAAACAAUUGUAGAGGUGAAAAUGAACCAGAUACCGGGUGGGUGGGUUUGUUACGUAGAAAAGGUGACAGAAAAUUCUCUUCUAUUUUUAAGAAUUUAUCGCGAUCCUCCGAUCAAAAAACCUCUGUGGUUUCGUAUAUUCGUCUCUUUGAGCCAAUGGUUAUAAAAUCCUUGAAACAAUAUACUAUAACAAGUAGUGUGUCGCUACAAUGUCAAGUAUUAAUGCUGCUCAGUCAGCUAGUACAAUUAAAAGUUAAUUAUUGUUUGCUGGAUUCUGAAAGAAUAUUCAUUGGAUUUGUAUUAAAACAGUUUGAGUCUAUUGAAGAAGGGCAUGUACAAAAAACGGAAGAUUUAUUGCCAAAGAUUUUCAAUUUUUUGGUUCAUUUGUCGUACGCUAAAAAUCACUCGAAAGCAAUAAUAGGAAUUCCAAAGAUAAUCCAGUUAUGCGAUGGACUUAUGGCAAGUGGUCAACCAGCGAUUACGCAUUGUAUACCGGCUCUUGCUCCGGUUGUAGAAGAUGUAUUUUUAAUUAGAAAUGCAAGUUCAAACCCAACAGAGCAAAGAGAGCUUGAGACGACUAGGGAAGUCCUGAUUUCAAUGCUUCUACGUCUUGUGGAGUAUUACCAAAUUAUUGAGCUUUUGGCAUUAUGUUUAACGGAGUCUAGAUUCAGUGGUGACGGUAACGGGGAGGAAAAAUGGAGAAGAUGGUCCAGAUUGACAAUGGAUUCUGUUCUUCCUAUGUUAGCGGCAGGAAAAGUUCGAAUAGAAUCGGAGAAAGCUCACGUAGCUCUAGUUAAAUUAUUCGCAGCUAUUUCUCCUACGGUCUUUAGACCGGUUGAUCCUCUUUUAAAGGUACUACUUGUUAGACCUGAUUCUUUAGAGACUUCGAAUUUGAGACUGAAACGAUGGUUAGGAGUGAUAAAUGUUGUCUUGCUAUCUUUGAUUGCGUGCUCAAAGGAAGAAGCAAUGCUUGCACGACUUUCCGAUUUGAGUAUGAAUAUGACCGAAUUAUUGCAAUCGUUUCUUCUUCCAAAAUCCUCUUCGCGCACCACGGAUCCUUUAAAUGUUUUGGAUAGUCAAUCUGCUGAAAUACCACCAGAAAGAAUAUUAGCUAGAUUUAUAUUUAACGUUAUUAAUUUAGUAGGUUGCAAAGUUUACAAUCUACUUGGAUUGGUCAAUCAUAAGCUUAGUGAACCAUAUAUUGCAUUUUCCGAAUCAAUGGAAAGCGACUAUUACUUGAUCCAUCAGUUUGCAUUCUUUCUACAGUUAUGUAUUCACAUGUUUGAAUCUGGAAGUCACUGCAAAGUCGCAAAUGCUGUUAUACAAAUGAUACAAGGGCGUAAUGUUCUCGAAGAAGAAAAACUGCCAAUCGCCGAUUUAAACUAUCUGAUGUUAAACAUCGGAAACAAGUGCCCAACGUUAACUUGCCAGUGGGCCUAUCUAAUGACUUUAUUAGGAUACAAUGAAAUGACCUUUUGGUCCAAAAUACUGGGAACCCGUCGAACGGAAUACAUCGUACAUUGUUCUACGAACAAAGAAGAGGACAUUGAUCAUGCCAGCAGCAUUAAUAUUCAAAUUAUUAGGAAAAGUGGUAUUAUAUUGUUUUGCGAUUACGUGUGUGAGAAUCUGUGUGAUGCGGAACCUUUAACAUGGUUAUUAGUUAAUCAUACAGAAGAGACAGUAAAUAGUGCGAUCGAAUCUCCUGUCAGAGAUCUAUUAACUGUAGCUAUACACAGAAAUUCUGCAGCCAGUGGAUUAUUGGUACAAGCGAUUGCAACCAAAUGCACUGAUUUGUCUCGACCUAGUUUUGUUAAGCGAAUUUUACAGUGCAUAGAAGGUGCUCAUCAUUCACAAAGUGGCGCCGUUUUACUGACACUGAUACCGAGAUUAUUGUCCACCAAGUACCUCGCUUUGUCCAGAAUGGCAGCGAAAAUAGCUAGUCGAAGAGUAGAAAUUUUAUUGACCAUGUCCGCGACAGAUGUGUCGAAGCAGUUGUCGAAAGAUGACUUCAUCAAGAUUAUGGAGACACUGCAGCUGACUAAGCUCGCGAAGAAACACGGUGGAUUAGUUAGUUUGUUGAACAAAUUAGGAGUACAGUACUAUGACUUGUCCCCUCUAGAGCUCGACCAAUGUAGACCGUUUAAUCCAACCUCUGUGAAAAGUAUUCAACUAGAUCGCAAUUGGUUUUUGUCUCAAGUAAAAUUACGAUGUUGUAAUACAAAUGCUAAUUGUAAUCUGUCGGAAGCAGCGCAGUUACUAAGAGUUUUAGAUUUCGAAGAUUGUCUCGGUAUUCUGUCUUCCAAAGAGUUUAAUAUUGCGAUAUUGAAGCCUUGCAUAGUAUUGGGCGUACGAAUGAGUGUCGAGUCGUGCCAAAAAUUAGAAUUCGGUGUAGCACAGAACGAAAAGGAUUUUAAUUUCGAGGCUAGCCCGUUGUAUAGUGCCGCAAAACAAUGUUUAUUGGAGCACAUUCAUUAUGUUACCGAUUUAAUGCCAAAACCGCAUUAUAUUUACAAUCCAGCGCAAUUCAAUAGCAAUUCGAAGGAGUUGAAGUAUACGCAUCGGUUCAAUGAACUUCUAGAUGAACCAAUAUAUUGGGAUGUACUUUUCAUGUUAAUACCAGCUGUAAAGAUAUAUAUGAAAACAUUGUCAAAACUAGCCAAAUAUAAUUUAACGAAAAUUGACAAGAACUCGGAAGAGGAUUUGGCCAAAUUUUCAGUACUUUGCUUAGAAUUAACGCACUGGAUGCUCCAUUGUGACAAGACAAAAGUGAAAAAAUUAAAACCAAGGAACAUGGAUCUAGCAUUAAGUUGCUCAUCGGAGAUUUUAAAACAUCCUGGUCCUAAUAAAAUUUUGGGGGAAAACGCAAGAUAUUCGUGGGUUUGUAGUAGUGCCGCUUCAUUAACGACGAUAGUAGAAUACCUUUUAACGACAGUUGACGCCUUGCCGGUUAUAGAUACGCGUGCUUUAGAGCCAGCCCUGGAAGACGAGAACACAAAGGAUUUUGCUCAUGCUUGCAUACGGAUGGCCAAUUUAAUCGUUUGGUUGGAACAGUGUCAAAACGAACAAUCGUCGAAAAAUAUUCCACGUUAUUUGUUCAACACGAUACAAGAUCUGAUUGUAAGCAUCAGUCGUCAACCAUUAGUAAAUUCUUUUAUUUUAACUCCGCCAUUAGUUUGGAAGCAAAAUUGGAAUGUUAUUGGUACUGGACCAACUAAAUGUCACUUUCCGUUAUUACCAUCGGAAUCGAAUCUUCUUCAAGAGGUGGAAAUCUUGGAGCAGUUUAUCUACAGGAUAAACCUGUUAGGCUGGGUUUCUCGAUUGCAGUUCGAAGAAAUAUGGAUGGCCCUCUUAGGAGUGCUUAAUCUCUCGCAGAACGAAAACGUACCAACAGAAGAUAUUCCCGUGUUAAUUCAAGCGAGCAGUUUGGCUGUGCAGGCUAUAACAAAAUUAUUGUUACAAACUUUGCUUCUUCCUUAUCCCGGUAAUCCAAGGGCAAGCACUGUGAUCCAUUAUCCGAGAGAUCCUCAGCUCUCCGUUCAUAAAAUUAGCUCGCAAAAAUUGUAUGGAACGCAGGAUUUACUCACAUGGAAAUACGAGACUAUGAACGAUACGGGUACUAUUGGUGGUUUAAACAUGGACCAUAUCUUUCAUCGAGGAAACGUGGAAAGGGUUGCAAAUGUGAACGAAUACUCUUACAGUCAACUGUCCGUUUCUUAUUUGUGGUCACUGUGUAAUUUGUACGAGGACAAAUUGAAUGCCUCCGUUCUCAACUUGAAGAAUAGAAGGAACGACGCAUUAAUGUCUGCGUCCCUCGAUUUGGAUUCGUGUCUUCGUUUUCUAGUAGAACUUUAUACAUCUUGGAUGUCUCCACAAGCCAACACACCUAUACAAUUACUUACAGAGAUUGUCAAGUCUAUUCUAGCAAUAUCGGAAUUGUUCGUUGAAAGAGGCCAGUAUCAGUGGAUGUUGGACAUGUGUUUAGAAAUAUCGAGGAUUUAUCCAACAGAGAACGUCAUUUUACAUCAAUAUUUAAUAGUUUCCGUUUGCAAAGCAGCCGCGGUACUAACACCGUUGGAUUUUGAGACAUUAGACAAAGUUAAGCGGUUAGUAGAGGCAAAUCUUAAAUCGAGCUUCUUACCUGCAAAGGUAUCUGCCCUUCAUGGCUCGUUGUACCUGUUGCAAAGUGCUGUGCUUGCAAAUUGUGAAGAGACAAUGAAUAUUAUACAUCCAUUAGCAAUAGAAUAUAUACAGAAGCAUCUGGAUGCGCAAGAUUUGAACAACUUGUUAAAUCAAAGCGAAGAGCAUCAAGGUGUGACAUGGGCUCUGGUAUUUUUUUUACUCGAGCAUGCAGAAAACGCACCAUCAGAUACGGAGGCACCAGCUGUUUUAGAAUUAGUUCUUACUUUACUUACGUCGCAAAAUAUUUCUUGUAGUUUACAUCAAACGCUUCUACAGGGACUCGAGCGACUCGUAGCAACUAAAAGUGUGAUUGGAAAGGUAGCCGAGCAGAUAGUAAAAGUUGCGAUCGAUCGCUUAAAACAACCUAGUCCUAUGUUAUCGUUGCCCGCGUUGCAAUUGUUACUGACGUGUAUGUAUACGGAAGCAGCCGAUAGAUUGAAUCAACCAGAAACAGAAGAGCCGUUACCGGAUGUUGAACCAGAAGCACUGGUUCGAUCCAUUGAACGCAUUUCUGCAAUUUUUGAUAAAAUCAGGAAAGGGCACUCUAUGGAAGUAGAACUUCUGUGUACAGUUUUGUCCGGUGUACUUGGAGAUUUCUUUCCACCGUCAGAAAUCUUGACUAAAGUUAUAGGAGAAUUUUUGUCGCCGCAACAACCCCAUCCACGAUUACUUUCCGCCGUUGUUUUUAAAGUUUGCGAAAGAGCGUGCACUUGCGCGCAAAUGGAACUUCUUCAAGACUGGGUCGUGUUUAGUUUGCCAAAUUUUAUUCAAAGUUUGCCAGUUACAAUGUCAACCUGGUGCUUGUCUUGCUUUUUUAUUAGCGCAUCCACAAAUCAUUGGCUAAGAGCUUUAUUUCCUUAUAUUCAAUCAAGAAUUGGCAAAUACGAAUACGAGGAUAAAAAGAUAUUGUGCAUCGCUGCUUCUGAUUUCUAUCAUAAGUUGUCUAAGGAAACCCAGAGGAAAGCUUUUGUGGAAACUUUCGAAGCAGCAGCAAAGGAACCUGGAACUCCGUUUAGUGACAUUUUAGCGUCCUUUUAGCUAGUCUUAUUAUUGAUCAUCGCGAUA